UAGUAGGUCUGGGGGCAUAUGACAGGCAACGUGACAACAAAUUAUUUAUUGUUGUGUAGCCCCAUUAUCAAUUCAUUCCACAUGACGCCCGUUAACAAACACUUUAAAUAACAGUUGUGAUUUCAAGCGCAAAAUGUCAAAUUUGCCAAACCGACGAAUCGCGUGCUGGAUGUCCGAGAAAAAAAUCCAAAAAAUCAACUGGAGCGAGUUCGAAGAGACGUGCAAAAAGUACGGUUUUGGCUUGUUCAAGCUGGACCUAUCCAAGCCGAUCGAGUCUCAAGGUACGUUCUGUGUUUUUUUACAUAAAUUAACCGAUAUUAUCGCUUCUGCUGAUCAGGGCGACCCUAAGUGUGCCAACCUGAUAAAGAAAGUUGAAGAUUACAUCACUACACACACUUCAGUUAUAGUAUUAGACCCCAUUCCAAACGUGCGGCAGCUCCUUAAUCGCUACAUAUCAUACAGGAAGAUCAAUUCAACCAACUUGCACAAAUACGGGAUUUUUAUCCCUAAUUUCUGCGAGCUGAGACCGACGCAUUCCGUUGACCUCCCCCAGCAGCUGAACAAUGCGAGGGUCACGUACCCCUUCAUCUGCAAACCUUCGCUGGGCCACGGGUCCAAGCAAGCCCACGAAAUGUCCAUCGUUUUUAACGAAAAAGGGCUGAAAGAUUGCAAAACGCCCUGUGUAGCACAGAGUUUCAUCAAUCAUAAUGCAGUCCUAUAUAAAAUUUUUAUUGUCGGUGAUAAGCACCACUUCGUGGAGCGGCCGUCUUUAAAGAAUUUCCAACCAUGUGAUGAGCACACCAUCCACUUUGAUAGCGGGGACAUCUCAAAAGCGGGUUCCAGGAACAGCCUGACUUUACUGGAACCCCAUGAAAGAGUCAGCAAAACAAAGCCGGAUCAGGACGUUCUUAAACGGAUCGCGGUCACGCUGCGGGACGCUUUCGGGAUGGACUUGUUGGGGGUGGACGUGGUGAUCGAGAACGCAACCGGGAAAUACGCAAUCGUCGACGUUAACGCGUAUCCAGGGUACGACGGUUUUCCCAAGUUCUUUGACGCUCUUGUGGGCUGCAUCAACAAUAAAAUCAACGCCAAAUAUGAUAAUAAAUUCGGACUGAUUGAUCUUGUCCAGGAGAAAAUUGAUGCGUAGUGUGGAUUUUUCUCUGACUGUACUGCCAAAAAAGCGUUGCUCAAAAUGCGAGUCAAUGCUCAGACAUUCCAUAUUUUUAUAAAGUUUUAAUGUAUACAAAAAGCCAAAAUUCCGUGCUGAGGCAGCGUGAAAUUGAGUAUUGUAAUUUUUGACUGGGUUUUGUUUACCAAAGAGCAAUCAUUCGAUCAAUUGAUUUCCAUGUACUUAAGCGAAAUGAACAAUUUUUGUACUUAAGUUGUAUAUAGUUAGUGUUUUAUUUAUACUACGGAUUGUUAGCAAGUGUACCCACUUCUCAAUAGACUUGGAAACAUUUUUAA